AUGGUGAUGUUGAUAUCCAUCAUUAGUGUCAAUGGUUGCUUGUCAUAUUCAGAUAAGAUAACAGAUGGAUUCUAUAACAUUUUGGGAAUGGAUCCCCACUUAUGGGCAAUGUGCAAUGAACCAGAGGUUGGACGAAGGUUACCCACAUUGAUGGCGCUAAACACAGUUGAUCCAAAUGAUUCUUCGAUGGAAGCCAUCCUUGUUGAUAAAUAUGCUGACCCUAAUCUUUCACAGCUUGAAGAUAGAGCUUUGGAAUAUUCCUGUGCAUUGGGAUUUACUUUAGAGCUUGUCGAGAAGCUUGCUAAACUUGUUUAUGAUUUUAUGGGGGGUGCAUUCAAAACAGAGCGAGGAAAUCUUUAUCGAUUGUGGAAAUCAUAUAGCAAAGAACUUAGGAAACGGAAAGGAUGUGUUGUCAUUCCCAUUGGUAACCUGUCUGUAGGACUCUGUAGGCAUCGGGCUAUUCUUUUCAAGGAAUUGGCUGAUUACAUACGCAUCCCAUAUCGUAUUACUCGUGGUUGUAAAUACUGUUCUUCUGCACUUCCAUCUUCCUGUUUGGUGAAAGUUGAGGAUGCCAAAAAGUCGCUUAGGGAGUAUGUGGUAGAUUUAGUUGGGGAACCAGGAAAAGUAUGUAAACCAGAUUCAUCAAUUAAUGGGCAUUUGCUUUCAUCACUGCCCUCCCCGUUCCAAGUUCCACAUCUGCAUGGUUUCAAGAACUCAUAUACUGAGAUGCCUUGGAAUCAGAUGUUCAAUGAAGUGCAAACAGGUACGUUUGUUGGAAAUUCUCACUAUGCAGCUUUCAGUAAUGCUGCUUCAAACACAUCUAUAGAAGAAAUUUAUGCUACAGAUGGACAAAGAGAUUUUAUAGGAGCUCAUAUUGAAGAUAUGAGUCAUAUGACUAUGAAAAACUAUUAUGUCCCUUCUGAAAUGGAAGCCUCCAAACAAUUCAAUUUGAAGGUAACUGAUAGCAUGGCUGAGAAAACGGGGAAUUCUACGAUAGCACGCAGAUAUCUGAAUCUGGAGCCUUCACUUGCUAUGGAUUGGCUUGAGAUAUCAUGGGAUGAGUUGGACAUUAAGGAGCAGAUUGGGGCUGGUUUGUUUGGAACAAACAAUUGGUCGAAGUGGCAUGGAUAUGAUGUUGCAGUGAAGGUUCUUGCAGAUCAAGAUUUUCACAAUGAUCAAUUGAAAGAGUUUCUCAGGGAGGUUGCCAUAAUGAAAAGAGUCCGCCAUCCUAAUAUUGUACUUUUCAUGGGAGCUGUCACAAAGCAUCCACAUUUAUCAAUUGUUACAGAGUAUUUGCCAAGGGGUUCCCUGUACCGUCUUAUACAUAGAGCAGCUCCAGGAGAAAUUUUGGACAGGAGGCGUCGGUUGCGAAUUGCACUUGAUGUGGCCAAAGGUAUCAACUAUCUUCAUUGUCUAAAUCCACCAAUUGUCCAUUGGGAUCUAAAGUCUCCUAAUCUUUUGGUAGACAAGAAUUGGUCAGUGAAGGUUUGUGAUUUUGGAUUAUCGCGAUUCAAGGCAAACACUUUCAUAUCAUCAAAAUCUGUUGCAGGCACACCUGAAUGGAUGGCGCCAGAGUUUCUCCGAGGAGAACCAUCAAAUGAAAAGAGUGAUGUUUACAGCUUUGGGGUGAUCUUAUGGGAACUUUUGUCAAUGAAACAACCUUGGCGAGGCCUUAGCCCUGCACAGGUUGUUGGAGCAGUUGCCUUUCAGAAUAGAAGAUUGGCAAUCCCUCAAGAUACUUGUCCCGUCUUAGCAGCGCUAAUGGAAUCAUGUUGGGAUGAUGAUCCCAGGCGGCGUCCGCCCUUCUCCAGUAUCGUUGAUACCUUGAAGAAGCUGCUGAAAUCACCUUCUCCAGCAUCAUCGUUACAUUGAAGUUGUUGAUGAAAGCUGCUUGAACGGCACAAAACAAGUGGGGCAGGCUACUCAAGCUAGAGCUGGAACAAAGCUGAGAAUGCUACAAGAAAGGUGGCUGUUUUGAAGCUACCACUGGAAGGCGCCAAUGCUUGUUCAAAGCUUUUGGAAGAAUUGUUUUUAAGUUCUAAAAAUUCAGCAAUCAGACCUCAAAACCUUUUAUACACUUAGAUGAAAUAGUUAUUAUUAGCUUCGAUUUAAGUAUUUUAUGCUAGUGUAAGAGCUAAUAAGUUUUCUAGUUGAAUGACCUUCGUGAUCA